CCUGAGGUUUAUCUCAAUGUCAUGUAUCCUCCUCAGCACACUUUUGUAUCAGUGAGUCCAUGCUGUGAAAUAGUGGAGGGAGAUUCAGUGACUCUGAUCUGCAGCAGUGAUUCAAACCCACCUGCAGAAAUCAGCUGGAUUAAAGGAGGAUCAACUGUAGGAUCUGGAAGAAUCUACAACAUCUCAAAGAUCAGAUCUGAUCACAGUGAAGAAUACAAGUGCAAGUCCAGAAAUAAACAUGGAGAGAAAUACUCUGAAGCUGUGACUUUAAACAUCAAGUUUGUAGGAUGUCAGGUGAUAUUAUACAUAUCUGUUGGAGUGGUUUGUGGAGCUGCAGCUGUUAUCACGAUGGUGCUUAUGAUUUGGCGAAGCAGGGUGAAAAAGAGAAAGGACACCCAGGAUGUUGUGUUGGCUGAAUCUGUAUAUGAAAAUGUAACGGCGAAACCGUAGUACUUGGGAUGCGGAGCCCUGAAUGAUUGACAGCAGUCCCACGAUUUCCAUUUAUUCAUUUAUUCAUUCUGCAGCAGUUUUUUUUCAUGUACA